AUGGGAGACAACAAUGCACCUCCGCCACCUCCGAGAACGUUGGGAGAUUACAUGACUCCUGCUCGAGUUCCACAGACGGCGAGUAUUGUUAGACCAAACGUGGAUGCUAACAACUUCGAACUCAAGCCGGCACUUUUACAAUUAAUUCAGAAAGACCAAUUUGCCGGAGGAAGCACGGAAGACCCUUACAUCCAUCUGGAAAACUUCUUGCUAUACUGUGAUACCUUGAAGAUGAAUGGGGUGUCUCGGGAUGCUAUUUUGCUCAGAUUGUUCCCUUGUUCACUUAAAGAAGAAGCAAGAGGAAGUGAAUCUCUACAUGAAGCAUGGGAAAGAUUCAAAGGACUACUCAGGAAGUGUCCCCAACAUGGCAUUGAAGCAUGGGAACAAGCGAGAACUUUCUUCCAAGGGAUGACGCCCAACACAAGGACAUUGGUGAAUGCUGCAUCAGGAGGGUCCUUAAAAACAAAAACUCCAGAGGAAGCUUUAGAAUUGCUAGAAUCUCUAGCCUCUCAAGAGUACGAUAAUGCUCCGGUACCACAGAGAAGAGCGGGGAUAAUGAAGCUUGAUGGUUGUGAUGCCAUCUUGGCUCAGAAUGAGCAGAUUUUACAAUCCAAUAAGAAACAGCAACAACAGCUAGAUGCUCUCGCAAAACAAUUUUCUGAAUUUCAAGUUUCUUCUGUUAAUACUCCUGCUAUCAUUUGUGAUAUUUGUGCAGGUACUCAUGCUACUGAAGACUGCCAGGCACCCGAAACUGCAGAUGUUAAUGGAAUUUGUUCGAACCAUCAGUUGAAUCCUCCUAUGCCAGUGCAACAGCAACCUCCUCAACAAUCAGAAUGGGAAAAGGCCUUUGCACAACUAUCCAAGACCACAUCAGACUACAUUCAAAGUUCCAAUAAUUUCAGAGAAGACACUUCAGCCUUUAUGCAAGAGACAAGGGCCUCAUUCCGGAAUCAAGAAGCUUCUAUCCGGAAUCUUGAAACUCAGAUUGGCCAGCUAUCAAAGCAGUUCACUGAAAGAGUUCAAGGAACUUUUCCAGGUAACACUAUUCCAAAUCCAAGUAGGGAACACUGCAAUGUGAUUACUACUAUGAGUGAGAAAGCCAUUGAACCUGUGGUAAAGCCUUCAGUUGAGAAAAAGAAAGAUUAUGAACUUGCAACUGAAAAGGAAAAAGAAAAGGAAGUUGCCAAAGAAUUUGCUGCAGAGAAAACUGUUCCUGAAAAGAAAGA